AUGAUAAUUAAGAGGAUUAUUGCGUGGAUAAAUGAGCUAACACACUCUAGCGAGAAGAGAGAAUAUGCCUUGGGGGGAGCGAGAGGGAGGAACUCGGACGCGGUCAACAGACAAAAGAUGGCAAACAACGUUGGGAGCGCUGAGCCGGCUGGUCGUCGCAGCGGAUACCCUGGCGCAUACCAAAUGACCCUCUGGAUACUUCAGAGGGUCCUCUUGAUAGUCGAGGAAUGGAUAUCUGCGUCUCCGGCCCAGCCAGCCAUGGAUGUGCGAGUGGGAUGGAUGGGGAGGGGGCGAGCAAUGAAGAAGGGAGAAAAAAAAGCGCAAAAAUGCGGGGAUGGCUGGAAAUGCCCACCUUUUGGUCUAAAGAGCUCUCAGAGCUUUCCAAUUCCGGUUCCAGGGAAUGAAUGCAGCGUUCAGCAGAAUGUGCUAGUGGGCAAGGGUGAAUCUCGAGGGGGAGAUCUCGUUCUCUCUCAAGGGCGAAAAGCAGUCCACUGCCGAUUCAGUCAUGGCGAGCCCACUAGAGGGCUCAGGAUGUCAGCGGCGUUGGCAUACCAGGUUUCACUACGACCGGCGCAUCCUGCUCUAUCGUCUGGCGGCUCGAUAAGUGUCUCAGUACCCGGCAAAAGUGAGAUUCAGAAUCGAUCUCUACAAGACAGCCUGUCCGAGAAGGCAUAUGACAAGUCCAGCGCUCAAUGGGAAACGACUCCAUUAUGCCCAGUGGCCGUCACCGGUCGUGGCGUUUUGGCAUCAAGA